CACAGGGAACUCAGUAAAGCUUGCACAUCUUGUACUCUUUAAGCUCUUGUACGGUAUUAAAGGGUUCUCCGAGCAUAGAACUAGAGGAACCCAGCUUGUCCUGCUAAAUCCGUCACAUCGCAAACGAGCGUCACGUUGAUUCAAGGGUGGCCAACACGAUUAAAUGGCGAUAAUGUUUGACAAGGGCGCCGGAUACGUUCGGAACGUACGGAACACCCGUUCCACCCCACUGGUCCCCGCAACUGAAUCCAUCCAAUUUGCAAGUCGUGCUUAGGCUUAUUCAUUGAUCAUAUCAAGCCUAUCUGUGGUCAUCCGGACUUGGCCCAGUGGACACCUCCAUCCAAAAUUAGCUGUUCACAAAAUUAGGCCUUAGGAGUAAGUGAACUAUCAUUAUACACUUGCGAGGUCAGCUGAUAGCCUCGUAUAUAAAGCAAUCGUUCUCUUCGCGGAUUGUCUGAACACUGAACUCAAUCCCGUAUCCGCUUGACCAUAACAUGCGUGCAUACUUCUUCGACAACCUUGAGGGUGACCAACGUCUCCCACAUGACUCCGGCAUGGAGGUUUCAGACGAGGUUUUGAAAACCAUUGGUGUUUUGCACUGGCACAUUCCCGUUGAUGCCGAGGGCAAGUAUGAGCAAGAGAUUGCUCUUAUUGCGAAGGAAAGGAAUUACAAGAACCACGAUGUUGUCGCUAUCAGCAAAGAGGGCCUUGGUGAUGAAUAUGAAACGAAGAUCAAGAGCUUCUACCACGAACACAUGCACGAAGAUGAAGAAAUCAGAUACCUACUUGAAGGCACCGGCUUCUUUGACGUUCGUGAACACUCCAGUGAAUCCUGGAUUCGUUGCCAUAUGGGUGCUGGUGACCUCUUGGUCCUCCCUGCGGGCAUUUACCACCGCUUCACCCUUGAUAUGGGUAACCGCGUUAGGACCAUGAGACUGUUCAAGGAUGAGCCCAAGUGGAUUGCGCACAACCGUGGCCACCAAACGGAUGCUAAUCCCUACCGCUUGGAGUACUUGAAGAGCAUUGAGGUCCAGUAAAUCAACGUGCCUAUGGUGGAGCAUAUGAUGUAUAUUAUGAAUGAGAUAUCAGUGUCAACAUCGCAAUUUGUAGCGUUUCAGAGC